AUGCAGACUAACGGGUACUGCAUUGAGCUUGUGCUACAAACCGUGCUUCAGUCGAGGGCUUUGGCAAUGGCUCUGAUUCUGCUCCUCAGCACCAGUCUCUCUGAAGUGGGUGCUAAGGCAAUCUCAAAGAGACACGUCCAUCGUGACUGGCUGAUCAUACCGGAUUCAAUUGCAUUUUACAUGUACAAAUCUGUGAACAAAGUGUCCCUGAAAGCUGGUCAGUUCUUGGAGGAAGCUGUUCAGACUCCAGUAAUCCUUGAGAUCAGGAACUUCCUAAUGAAGGAGACCUCUAAAAUCAGUGUGCUGGCAGAACAGCUGAUGGAAAAAUUAACGGGUCUGUGGAAGAAGAAAGAGGAAGCCCCAGCCCAGCAGUAGAAUUGAGACAAGUCACAAGGCCACUUGACAUGAGUAAUUAGGAUGUGCAGCAUACCCUCUCCUCAUGGACUGAGAUCAGCUACUAUCAUAGAAUUGAUGUCCCUGAUGAUGUCUCUAGAAGGGGUAAGAAUACCACCUUCAAAGAGCGGAGAACCUGUCUCCCUAUGGGGGAAAAAUACAUUAUCAAAGUAGCUGCUGGAUGUGGGAAAGGAAAUAGAAGGAAGACAGAUUCUGUAGUUGAAUCUUGAAACCCAAUUUCUCCUUCAACAUUUGGCGACUUGA